GUCAGCCCACGGGGUGUCGUUUGUAACGGGCCCGUUGGUCUCAAGGAACGGUACUAGAACUAUUUGUGUCUACUGUGGAGUCGUGGGCCCAUUGGGGCCAAAGCUCGAGUUCCAUUUUUACCAUCCCUUUUCCUUGGUCCUCGUAUGGUCCCUCCUGUAGAGUAACUAUCAGUCCCGGGCAAAUCAAAUGGAACAACGCCCUUGUUUGGCCUUCGUGCAGAAUACGUCCCGGUCCUGGUCCAAUCAAAUAGAAUGAAGUUCUUGCCCUGUCCUCACGCAGAAUAAGUCCCGGUUUCGGUCCAGUCAAAUAAAAUAGUCCUCGCCCGGUCCCCGCGCAGAAUAGGUCCUGGUUCCGAUCCAGUCAAACAGAAUAAAGUCCUCGUCCGGUCCCCGAGCAGAAUAAGUCUCGAUUCUCGUCCAGUCAAAUAAAAUAAAGUCCUCGCCUGGUCCCCAUGCAAAAUAAGUCCCGGUCCCGUUCCAGUCAAAUAGAAUAAGGUCCUCCCCCUGUCCUCGCGCCGGUUCCCGUCCAGUCAAAUAGAAUAAGGUCCUCCGCCCGGUCCCUGUGCAGAUUAAGUCCCGACGCCGGUCCAAUCAAGGUCCACCUUCAAUUCCAGCGUGGAAUAACUCCCAAUUCCGUCCGGAAAGCUUAAGAAUAAAGCCCUCCUCUGAUCCGCACGUAGAAUAGCCCAGUUCCUGUCCACUCAGAUUCACGGUCCAGGUCUAGUCGACGGUGUCGAUCCUUAUCCCGUAAACAAUCUUGAUCAUGGCCCUAAUAUUUAUCCUGGUAACUCCGUUCCAGGUCCCGAUCACAACCCUUUUUCCCGAAAGCUCAGCAGAAAGCGGGAAUCUCGGCAAGGCAUUCAUUCUAGCGGCAAAACUCAGAAAUCAGCUGUGUUCUCAGUCCGUGUUUGGGCAGGUCUUUACAAAUUCCAAAAAAGAUGCUCUUCGAUUUACCAUAACCAGAGGAGGAGGGAAAGAAGAAGUUUCCAAAACUGAAAUUUUAAAACGGAAAAGAAAAAAACGGCGGUUACGACUGUCUACGGCAGAUGAGGAAGAAGAAGAGGAGGAGGAGACGAAGAAGAGGAGAACUGGAUUAGUGGAGGAAGAAGAAGAAGCACGGGAAGAGAAUGAGAGGAAGAAGAAGAAGAAGAAGAAGCAGGUUGAAGUGGCAGGUCGACGCAGACGGAAAAAAAGAAAAAGAACCAAAAGAAAAGGGAAGGAGGAAGAAGGCGAAGAAGAGGAGACGAGGAAGAAGACGAAGAAGAGAAGAGGACAAAAAAGACGAAGAAGCGGAAGGGAGGAAGAAGAGAGGAGGAAGGAGACAAAGAAGAGGAGGAGGAGAAGACAAGAAGAGUGGAAGACGGCAAAGAACAAGAAGAAGAAGAAGAGAAGAACACAAGUGGAAGAAGAAGGAGAAGAACAGGAAAGGAGAAGAACAGGACGGGACGAAGAAGAACGAGAAGAGUGGAAGAAGAAGAAGAAGUAGAAGACGAAGGCAGAGCGGGGAAUGGAAAUGAAGAAAGACAUGGAGA